AAGCUAAAUAAGCUUAAUUCUCUUCAGUUUUAAGCUACUGUCAUGGGAUUUUCUUUCUCUUCCUUUUUUAAAUCUUUUUGUUUAGGUCACUUUUCAUGAAAGAAUUAAGAGGGAGAAGAGUAGCUUUUGGUUAUGGGAAUUUACUGAGUAAUAAUAAUUAUAAGUCUUCCCUAUGUAAGUCCAGUCCUCCAUUAUCUGCUAUAGACAGGUUUUUAUGGGGUCAAACUCAAAGCCUCUCAUCUCAUUCUCAGGCUGCUCAUGAGCGGCCGUAUUCAAUACAAAACAACGUGAAGAUCAACAAAGGAACAGUGCUUGGUUCAACUUCUGAUGCUUUGCUCCGGGGUUUCUCCUUCCCCAAUGAUGCAAUUGGUGUCUAUUUACCAAGGCAAACCAACCCUGAGGAAAGCUUCCUUGAUGGGCUUUUUGUAGAUGGUGAGAUCCUCGCUUUGGCAGAUGAUAAAAACCUUAACAUGGAAAUGAAGGCAUCAAUGAAAGGUGAUUUCCCUAAAGGGGUAGUGAAGAGAAGCAAGAAAGUUGCUUCUGCAGCUUUGAUCAAGGGUCAAUGGACAGAUGAUGAAGACAGGAAACUGAUAAGAUUGGUGAAGCAAUAUGGAGUAAGGAAAUGGGCACAGAUUGCAGAGAGUUUGGUUGGUAGAGCCGGAAAACAGUGUCGAGAGAGGUGGCAUAAUCAUUUGCGCCCUGAUAUCAAGAAAGAUAGCUGGAGUGAAGAAGAAGAGAGGAUCCUAAUUGAAGCUCAUGCCAAAGUUGGGAACCGGUGGGCUGAGAUUGCAAAGUUCAUCCCUGGAAGAACUGAAAAUGCCAUAAAAAACCAUUGGAAUGCUACAAAAAGGAGGCAAAACUCAAGGAAGAAGAACAAACAAAAUGACAACCAAAAUGGCAAACCUCAAUCCUCUAUUCUUCAAGACUACAUACGAAGCCAAAAUCUGAAUACCCCAACCAACAGCUCCACCACUUCCGCCACCCCUUCUAGCUCCACUUUCUCCGAAGACUUGUCUACUCAAUUCAAGUAUUUCCUCCCUGAACCAUCCGAAUCCGAUGAUUCUCACCCUUUGGUUGCUCAAACAUAUGAUGAUGAACUUAUGUUCAUGCAAAACUUCUUUGCAAAUAACAACAAUACUAUUCAUCCCUCCCUUGAUUAUUCCCAAACCAGAAAUCCAACUGAGGUGUUCAAGUCCGUCCAUGUUGUUGAUCAUAACUUGAGCAAAGGUUCAUCCACCAUUGACUGCACCACGUUUACUGAUACUCGUUUUGGCUUCUCUUCUUCUAUUCAGGAGCCAAACAACGAACCUCGAACCACCUAUUUGUUUUCCGAUCUCUACUUGUCUCGCCUGUUGAAUGGAGCCACCACUUCCUCAUUUCCAAAUGGCGACGACUACUACAACGGCGACGUGAACACUAACCUCCUCUCGGAGCAGGCUUCUUCAGAUGGAAGGAAAGAGAUGGACUUGAUUGAGAUGGUUUCUUCCUGUCAAUUCUACCCGUAGCAGCUUAUAUUUUGGUACUUUUACGUACGUAAAGAGCUCGUUUUAGGAGAUAUUAUUGUCUUUGUUAAGAACAAUGCUAAGUUUCUUAAAGGUUCUAUCAUGGGAAUAUGCAUGGAAUUGUGAUAUCCUUAAUGCGGGUUGGCUCUUUUCCACUCAAGUUUUGAGUGAAAUAAUCUGUCGUGGUUUACGAACCAAAAACAACAUGGUGCUUUUGUCAAAAUUUCAGCUUUUGUUUGGUAGAUUUCAAUCAUUUUCAUGGUGGGUUUCUGAAU